CAACGAGAUCGGACGACUAUUCCUCCUCACGCCCAACGCCUUUUUUUCUCGCCUCGCACCCCCUUUUACGGACGCAGCAUUAAUUCCCGAGUGGGUCUAAUAUUCGAAAUGGCCAAGGACAAGAGCGACAAGAAGGACAAGCGCGAGAGAAAGGAGAAGCGCGCGGAGAAGGACGGUAUCUCCAAGAGCAAGAAGGAGAAGAAGGAGAAGAAGGACAAGACCGCCCUUGCCGAUGCUGUCGAGAAGGAGCUCACCACCAAGGUUCUGGAAGGCAUUGAGGAGGCUAUUCCUGCUGAUGCCACCGUCACUGGUGUCGUCGAGGCCGAGGUCAUGGAUCUCGACAGCAACCCCGUUGGCGCACUCGUUCCUUUCGCCCAGCCCUUGGUCGAGGACAAGUCCGCCAAGAAGGUUCUGAAGAGCGUGAAGAAAGCCGCUGUCAACAAGUGCUUGAAGCGUGGUGUGAAGGAAGUUGUCAAGGCCCUCCGCAAGUCGCCCAUCCCCGCCGCCAACGCUACCAUCGCUGUUCCCAACGGAGUUGUCAUUCUUGCCGCCGACAUCUCGCCAAUGGACGUCAUCUCUCACAUCCCCGUCCUGUGCGAGGACCACGGAAUCCCAUAUGUCUUUGUCACAUCCCGAGCUGAGCUCGGUAACUCUGCCGCUACGAAACGCCCCACAAGUGUCGUGAUGGUCGUGCCCAAGUCGGCAUCCAAGGGCAAGAAGGGCGAGGACGACGGUGAGGACUUCACCGAGGUGUAUGAGGAAUUGGCCAAGCUGGCUCAGAAGGAGCUUAAGAGGGUGAACCUAUGAGGUCUUAGCUGGACUUAUGAAAGCGCCCUUGAUUUUCUUUCCGUUUUUUUCCCUAAUUUUAUAUGGCUUCUUUAUAUGUCUUGUCAACUUGCGAUGGCUGUACAGUUCCACUUUGUUGUCUGACAAGGCAGUGCAUGUCUUUGGGAUCUGGCCUUUGGGACGUGCUUAUAUGGGUUGAUCUUUUAUGAUGUGUCCGUUGCAAAUCCGGCGUUCGCAAAUGGUGUAUGAAAAAAAGGCAGGAUGUCUUCAAAAUUAAACUCACAUGACUGACAAG